CGAUUUGAAUCCUCGCAGCUGUCUUCCUCUUUCCUUUUCAGCUCAUCCAGACAGUCACCGCUAGCACCUACACUGCCAAGUCGCUGUCAUCAAAACCAAUCUACAAUCAAAAAUGGCCGAGUACAAGGAAGACCUCGAAAAGACUGGCGCCGGUGCCCAGAAGAUCCACAAGAUCAGGAUCACCUUGACCUCCAAGAACGUCAAGCCUCUUGAGAAGUUCUGUGCCGACCUCAUCAACCGUGCCAAGGACCGAGACCUCAACGUCAGGGGCCCCGUCCGACUCCCCACCAAGGUCCUCAAGCACACCACCAGGAAGUCUCCCUGUGGUGAGGGUUCCAAGACCUGGGACAGGUACCAGAUGCGAAUCCACAAGCGUCUCAUCGACCUCAACUCUUCUGCCGACGUUGUCAAGCAGAUCACCUCCAUCUCCCUCGAGCCCGGAGUUGAGGUUGAGGUUACCAUUGCUGCUUAAAUGUAGUUUGGUCUAGGAUGCAACCUUGCCGGUCAAAU